UAGUUCAGGCAAGGAUAGAGAGCGUCCUCGGCUGAACUCCACAUGCAAAGCUACAAAUAGGAGCUGCGGCGUUCAAACGGAGCACAAACGAGCCAGGAAAGGUAGCAGCACGCAGAUGACAUUCUGUAGCUGUUUACACCUGAUGACACACUUAACAUCUAAAAUUCUUAAAUCCACUGAAAAAGAAAACCCAAACACUGCCGCAAAAUCCGCUGCGAUUCUUUUUUCUUUUGGAUAGGACUCAUGAGAUCAUUUUAAAGGUGGAGCUGUUAAACAAACAAAGCUGAAGCUGACCUAAAUUAAAAAGGAAACUUUGUGUGACGACAAUUUUAUUCCGAGAAUGUUUGAAGAGGGAUCUCAAGAAAUGAGAGAGCAGAGUGCGGGGGUACUGCCAGCUGUGGAGGCUGUGAGUUCAGGAAUGUUAGGAUUAGAUGUGGCAACCAACAGCAACACGAUGUCUUUCACAGAAGAAGCUGUCUCCAUCCUAACAUCAAGCAGUCUGCUGGCGCGCUCAUUGUUAGGCCGCACAUCAGCAAUGAAACGCAAAGAGGUGACCCCAAGUGUAGGCACACUGAGGCGCAAACGUGAGUUCAUCCCCCAAGAGAAGAAGGACGAAGGGUACUGGGACAAGCGCAAGAAGAACAAUGAAGCAGCCAAGCGCUCGCGAGAGAAGCGUCGUGUCAAUGACAUGGUGCUAGAGAACCGUGUACUUGGGCUGCUUGAGGAGAACGCCAGGCUCAGAGCAGAACUACUAGCACUCAAAUAUCGCUUUGGCUUGGUCAAAGAACCCUCGAAUGCAACCAUCCUUCCGCUAACCACCACAGCCCCAUGCGUUCCUCAGCCUGCUAACUCACAUUAUUACCUACUCCGCGAAGACGGGCUUCACCCCAGUACUGGUAUGGUACCCCAUCCAAAUUCCACUCAGGCUGUAUUCCACGUGGGACGUGGUAUCAGGGAGAAUGGCAGCAUGUCAGAGGACUCAGGCUUCUCAACUCCUGGAGGCUCCAGCGUUGGAAGUCCUGUGUUUUUUGAGGACCGGCUGAGUGAUCAUGGCAAACUGUCUCCAAACAGAUCUGAUGAGUUGGGCUGCGAAUAUCACCACUCUCCUGCCCCUGAUACUCUUGUGGCACAAGUCUCAACAGGGCACACACCCACAGUAUCUGGAGGUGCGGACUCGGUUGACGGUAUGAAGAGUCUCCCACACAAAUUACGCUUUAAGUGUCCAGGCAGCAGCGAUAGCGAGAAUCCCAGUGAAAGGCGCAGUCCUCUGCAGCAUACAGGAGGACGGGAAAACCCCAGAAAUCAUUUCCCAUUUGGCAUGAAUGAAGGGGCUCGGCUUUGGUCACAGCAUGAAGGAGAUGAAUCUCGAAAAAUUCUCCCUCAUCAUCACGGUGGCCCGAUUGGCAGUUGCAGCAGUGGUCAGCCACAUGGGAACCACAGCGAGGCAUAUUACCAUGCUGAGAACAGCAUGCUCAAAUCUCAGCUUAGUUCCCUUGGCGAGGAAGUGGCACAGCUCAAGAAGCUCUUCUCUGAGCAACUCUCCAAAAUGAACUAAAGAUCUCAAGUUUUUACAACUAAUUGAAUACAGGGAGCUUGAUCUUUCUAAGCCAGACUCAGCCAUAAACAAUAAAUCAUAAGGUUUUUAUUCAGAACAGUGUUGAAACUAAAUUUUAAGUCACUGUCAUGACUCUAGUAGUAGCCAGUAGACUCCUAGACUGUCCUUCAGUUCCUUUAACUAGUUUCAUAACAGGAAGAGAGAAUAAAAUUAGGUAUGGGUUGUGUGCUACAAAGAUACAGUAUGGAAGUCACUGUAUGUGCUGCAGCCCCAUACACCAGGGAGAAAGAGUUGUUUUUUCUCUACCAGCAGGUUCUUACUUCAGUCACUCUACAUAAACAGACAUUACUGCUAGACUCCAGUGGGUCACCAAACCAAAGUGUAUCAUUCAUAUUUAACACAACAUUCCCAUAUUCAUUGUCAACUCUGCUGUUAUAUGUCAGAUUAAUGGAUUUGAAAAUGCAUAGGAAAUGAAAUUGGUGCUGACUGUGAUUACAGGUAAAAUAUUCCAUUAUAGUUUGUCUCAUAGUUGGCCUCCAUUACAUGUAUGUCAUGCAGAUUUGAAAGGGAAGACAAAUGUUUUUGCUCAGUGUGCAAAUACUAAUGACCACUCCAAGCUAUAACUAAAUGGAGAAUAUAAUUAGAAAAAAAUUGUUCUGGUGUAUUUUUGAUAAUAUUAUUUGUGGGUAAUAAUAAUAAUAAUAAUAAUAAUAAUAAUAAUAAUAAUAAUAAUGGGUAUAACACCUUAAACUCAUUGUCACUUCAUAGACCAUCAGUAAAAAAAAAUCAGUAAAUAAAUAAAAUGUUAUAUAUUAUGAUAAAAUGUUGAAUGCACAAUAUCAUAUUAUCGUAGCCCAACACAUCACAUAAAUGCCUUUUCCUGCCUAUCCCCCCUUUAUACUGCUUGUUACUGCCAUUUGAGGUCAGGAUUGUGUGUAAGUAGUAACUAAAACACUGUAAAAUGUGUAUAAUGGUGGUAAAAACCUGUGUUGCCUUGUGUAUUUAUGUGUGUGUUUUCAGUGUUUUUAUAUGUGAAUAAAUAUUUGACAACA